CUGCUCGUGCCCGUGCCUGGCCGUCCUCCCCGAGCUCUGCUGGGAGGCGCUCGUGCUCGCCUGCCCGCCGCCUGCGGCUCGCGCCCGGGAGCGCCGCUGGGUCCCUGGAGCCGGUCGCGUCCUUUGUGCGGCGCUCUGCUUGCGCCGCGGGACCUUCGGACGGAAUGCGGCCCCUGGCAGAAGCUUUUCUCUUCUUGAAGAGAACUCUGGAAACAAUGGACUGUAAGAGGAGCAUGGAUUGAGGGGGGCUAACGGGGAAACGAGCUGCACAGGGAAUCAUGACUUCUGCCGCGGAGAUUAAGAAGCCACCAGUGGCCCCCAAGCCAAAGCUUGUGGUAGCAAAUAAUAAGCCUGCUCCACCUCCUGUUGCGCCUAAACCUGAUAUUGUGAUGCCUAGUGUUCCACAGUCAACAAAGAAAACCAAACCAGCAAUAGCCCCGAAACCAAAGGUUCUGAAAGGCUCACCUGUUAGAGACAUCGGGCAGUCACCAUCAAGGAAAAUCAUUGUGAACCUGCAAGAGCAUAAACAGGAAUUACCUAAAAAUGCUGACAACUCUAAUUGUAAAAAUGUAGGGCAUCAGAGCAGUGAUUAUAUUUUACCAAUGUGCUCCUGUAAUUCUCAGUGUAUCCAUAAACUUGGGAAUAGAGAACAUGUGUGUGUAAAGCAGCUUAUCUUAGAGCCCCUGGAAAUGCAUGAAAAUUUAGAAAAUAGUAAAAUUGAUGAGUCCUCUUCAGCUAUAAAAACAAGGAGUAAAUGUGAUUCUAACUUUGAAAAAGUCAGGAGCCAGAAUGCAGUAGUUUUAAAGGCAAACAUCCUAGAAGAGAAGCUUAAAGAUGUUUUAACACAACGAGCAUCACCUUUUAUUUCCCUACAGAAGCACAGCUCCACAGACAGCCCAGAAAUGACUGAUGGCUAUAAUUCCAACAGACAAUUCAGAAUUGAGUUUGCAGACCUGUCACCUUCCCUGUCCAGCCUUGAAAAAGUUCCUGAUCAUCACCACUGCCACUUACAGAUUCCUAGUGAUGAAACUUAUCAGCAUAGUAGUGAAAAAAGCAAUAGUUGCUUUCAUUCAUCUGAACAAGAAACUCUGGAAAAUGAUAAAAGAAGUACUUUUCCAUCUUCAGAUGGAGUUAAUAAGAAAUCAGAAGUCAAAGAUCUUGGUCCCUUAGAAAUUCACUUAGUACCAUAUACCCCCAAAUUUCCAACUCCCAAGCCCAGAAAGACACGGGCUGCUCGUCUGUUACGCCAAAAGUAUAUAGAUGUUCCUAGUGAAAGUACUGAAGAACCAGAGAAUUUAGACAGUAACCCUUCUUGUCCUUUAGAAGCUGGUUUGAAAAACAGUAAAAUUGGUGUUCUUCAUCAGAAUGUUUUGUGUAACCAGGAACAGGUGGACAAAGUGAAGCCAGGAAAUAAAAGUGAAUUGAAUGUGGACUGCAACAGUGACAGACAAAAUUUACUCAAUCCACAGAAAGUUAUGUGUCAUGAAACAUCUUCCUUUGAAAAAAUAGAAACAGAUUGUAAUUUGAGUUCUGACACCAAGACAGUAGAUGAUUCUAGUAUGUCACUUGCUAUGGACAAAGGGACCAGUUUUAUAAGAUGCAGUACUUUAUCUAUGAGCCUGCCUAAGCAACUCAAAUUAACUUGCAAUGAACAUUUGCCUACUGCCUGUAACCUGGAAGCAUCUGCCCCUCAAAUACAAAAAGAAUCUAUAAUAAAAGGUGAAAGUUCCUCAAGAAUUGUCCCCAAAAAACCUCAGAGACACAGCUUGCCUGCUGCAGGAGUACUUAAAAAAGCUGCCUCAGAGGAGCUGGUGGAGAAAAUUUCUUAUCCCUCAAAUGAAGAAAACAAUUCAGACAAGGGUCUAGAAAGAAAUCACCUUCGACAUUUGUGUGCCCAAAACCAUGGUAUGUUGUCCUCCUUUGAUAUGACUAAACAGACUUCAGAAAAGCCAGUGUGGAAAUUACCUCAUCCUAUUUUACCCUUUUCAGGGAACCCAGAAUCCUUAAAAUCUGUCACCAUAUCAUCAAAUAGUGAGCCUUCAACUGCCACGACUAAGCCUAGAGCGAAAUCAUUAUCUGCUAUGGAUGUGGAGAGGUGCACUAAGCCUUGCAAAGACUCUCAAAAGAAGAACUCUUUAAAGAAGUUGCUGAACAUGAAACUGUCCAUCUGUUUCAUGAAGAGUGACUUCCAGAAAUUUUGGUUCAAGAAUAGCCAAGUUGGAGAUACAACCACAGGCAGCCUCUCAGGUGGGGAGCGGAAAGGGAUUGAAAGUGAUUGGCAGGGCACGUUGGUAGAAGAAAAGAAAAGUAAGCCCAUCAAAGCAUACUCUGCAGAUAAUUACAGCCUAGAAUCCCAGAAGAAGAGGAAAAAGUCUCGGGGCCAGACCAGUGCAGCUAAUGGACCAAGAUCUGAGUCUUUGGAUGACCAAAUGCUCUCCAGGGAGUCAUCAUCUCAGACACCUUGCAAAUCUAUUACAAGUGGCUAUGCACCAGAGUAUGAAAAUAUACGCCAUUAUGAGGAAAUACCAGAAUAUGAGAACUUGCCAUUUAUUAUGGCCAUAGGGAAAACUCCCGAGUUAGAAUGGCAAAAUUCCAGAAGCAUGGAGGACACCGAUGCAAAUGUGUAUGAGGUAGAAGAGCCAUAUGAAGCUUCAGAUGGCCAGCUGCAACUUGAACCCAGACAUCAGCAUUCCAGUUCUGGAACAUCCCAGGAGGGACACAACGAUCUUGACCUUGGUCUUGGUGAACUUCCUUCAGAUGAGGAAGAAGACCUCAACAGUUCUGACGAAGACGAUGUCAGCUCUGAUUCUAGUAAAGGGGACCCUGACCUGGGAGACAAACAGUCUUAUCCACAGGAUGAAGAUACUGGAAUGAAAAGUAAAGUCCAUCAUAUUGCCAAGGAGAUUAUGAGCUCAGAGAAAGUGUUUGUGGAUGUGUUAAAACUUUUGCAUAUUGAUUUCCGAGAUGCAGUGGCCCACGCUUCCAGGCAACUUGGGAAACCCGUGAUUGAGGACCGGAUCCUAAAUCAGAUCCUGUACUACUUGCCUCAGCUGUAUGAGCUCAACCGGGAUCUCCUGAAGGAACUGGAGGAAAGGAUGUCAAACUGGACUGAACAACACAGAAUUGCUGAUAUCUUUGUAAAGAAGGGACCAUAUCUAAAAAUGUACUCCACAUACAUCAAAGAAUUUGAUAAGAAUAUAGCUUUGCUGGAUGAGCAGUGCAAGAAGAACCCAGCAUUUGCUGCUGUUGUUAGAGAAUUUGAGACGAGCCCACGCUGUGCUAAUCUGGCCCUCAAGCACUACCUACUCAAGCCAGUUCAGAGGAUCCCCCAGUACAGGCUGCUGCUGACAGAUUAUUUGAAAAAUCUUCUAGAGGACUCUGGAGAUUUCAGAGACACUCAAGAUGCCCUUGCUGUUGUUAUUGAGGUAGCCAACCACGCCAAUGACACCAUGAAGCAAGGGGACAACUUUCAGAAACUUAUGCAAAUUCAAUACAGCUUAAAUGGACACCAUGAAAUAGUGCAACCUGGACGGGUUUUUCUGAAAGAGGGAACUCUGAUGAAGCUGUCUCGGAAAGUCAUGCAGCCCCGAGUGUUUUUCCUGUUUAAUGAUGCCCUGUUGUAUACAACACCGGUGCAGUCUGGGAUGUAUAAACUGAACAACAUGCUCUCAUUGGCUGGAAUGAAGGUCAGAAAACCUACCCAAGAAGCGUAUCAGAACGAACUAAAGAUUGAAAGUGUAGAACGUUCCUUUAUCCUUUCAGCCAGUUCUGCCACAGAAAGGGAUGAAUGGCUAGAAGCGAUUUCCAGGUCAAUAGAAGAGUAUGCCAAAAAAAGAAUCACAUUCUGUCCUAGUAGGAGUCUUGAUGAGGCUGAUGCAGAAAAUAAAGAGGAAGUUAGUCCUCUUGGAUCAAAGGCUCCCAUCUGGAUCCCUGAUACCAGAGCCACAAUGUGUAUGAUCUGCACAAGUGAAUUUACUCUGACCUGGCGACGACACCACUGCCGGGCCUGCGGAAAGAUUGUAUGCCAAGCUUGUUCAUCAAAUAAGUAUGGUUUAGAUUACCUGAAAAAUCAACCAGCAAGAGUAUGUGAACAUUGUUUCCAAGAACUGCAGAAACUAGAUCACCAGCAUUCUCCUAAGAUUGGAUCUCCUGGAAAUCACAAAUCUCCUUCAAGUGCCUUAUCAUCAGUCUUCCAUAGUAUUCCAUCAGGGAGGAAACAGAAAAAAAUCCCAGCUGCUCUCAAGGAAGUAUCAGCAAAUACAGAAGAUUCUUCCAUGAGUGGCUAUUUGUACAGAUCAAAGGGCAAUAAAAAACCCUGGAAACACUUGUGGUUUGUCAUAAAAAAUAAAGUGCUGUAUACAUAUGCUGCAAGUGAGGAUGUGGCAGCUUUGGAGAGUCAGCCUUUACUAGGAUUCACUGUCACUCAAGUCAAAGAUGAGAAUUCAGAGUCUAGAGUGUUCCAGUUGCUGCACAAAAACAUGUUAUUUUAUUUGUUCAAAGCAGAUGAUGCUCACUCAGCUCAGAAGUGGAUAGAAGCAUUUCAGGAAGGCACAAUAUUGUAGUGAUACUGGUUUCAUCUCUUCUGUGAUUUCACGUGGUGGAAUUUCAUCAGAAUGGAGUAAAUGCAGUACAAAGAUUGUAUAUAAAUGAACACUGCCAAGAAAAUCCAGCCAAAAUCUUCAUCAAAUAUUAGAAAUUAUUUUGUUGGGUAUAAGGGGUUUUUUUUGAAUGUUUGGUUUUUUCAUGUAUGUUAUUUAUUAAAUUUUGAUGUUUACUUAAUUGUCAGAAUUAUUUCUGAGACUCACACUGAAUUCUAAAGUACCUUUUCUUUAGAAACCAGAAAACUUAUCUUAAUACUGUAUACUGUAUUAACCGUUUGUGACACAGAUUUCUCCAUGUGUUUAUAGUGUUUCAUUGUAACAUUCUCACCUGAGGUAAUAAGUCUUUGUAAAUACAAAAAUACACAUCAAGGAGAAAAUUUCCAUGUGCAGUGUUUGGUUUAGAAAUUAUUAUAAAACUGCUGAUAGAAAAAAAAAUGUAUGUUUUUGAAUCAAUAAACUUAGAUGAAUUUUUGUAUCUUUUAAUGGAAAAACACGUGGCCAACUUCUACCUCAGCAACUGUGAAAUGAAAUUCCAGUAAAUUAUCUAGAGUAUUUCUGUUAUACCUCUUUUGGCAUGAGAUAAUGUUACAUCAUCAAGGAAUUAUAGCAAAGGGAUAGAUUCUGGAAGUUUUCGUUGAACUGAGCUAUUAGUAGGAAAGAGGAUGUUUUCAUUUGCAGAGGAAUACAAAUAAUUAACUCUGUGGUCUUUCUAUUAAGUCUAAUCCUUUUUUUAAAGCUAGAAACAUAACUGUAUUAUUUUUUUAAAGCAAAAUAUGGUAAGCAUCAUAUUCCACAAUAUCCUUUGCUAUUAUAAGUGUUCUGAGCCCAAGUCAGUGGUGGUGGUUGCAUCUAAAUGUUCCAUUUCCUAUAAUAUUGUGCUUUAAAAAAUGAACUGGAAUUACCAUAUCAAAAAAAAAAAAACACAUAUUCUAAGCCGGUGUUUACUGAAAUUGUAUUCAUUUUUUAAAGGUUAUUUAAUACUACUUUGUGUUAUGUCCUCCCUGGUAAUUAAAACAAAUCCUUUAUUUCUGUAACCAGUUGCCAAUGCGCACCUCAUUAGGAAAGAAUUAUAUUCAUAAUUCUGGUGCACUUACUACUAACGUGAACUGCUUUGUACAUAAAAUUGUUGAUGAAUAGAGUUUGAAAAAUGAAAUUCACACAGUGAUUAAAGUCAUUCUUGAUGUUCAUAAUUUACACUUAUUGACUGAACUUUAAAUGCAGAUUAUCUUAAAGGGCACAGGAAUUUUCCUUACUGCUUUUAUAUAAAGGAUUUCCUAAUUCGGUGUGAUGUUUACAUUUGUCAAGAGAAUUACUGAGUGCCUUUCUGAAGCCUUUUGAAUGUUGUUUGUUCCAGCACCAGAGUCUCUACUAAAUCUAGAGUUGGCUGCUGUAGUUUUUUCUGGCCGUUUCAUGCUGUGGAAUCGUUUUUAAACCCUGUUGCACCCUCACACACAAUCUUCACUGUCUCCCCAGCCUUUCUGUCACAGUAAGUAAACUAAUAAUUCUUUGCAGCUCACUAAUUUUAACCAAGACAGCAUAAAUAAGGCUUCCAUGUUAAAAUCCUUGCAGUUUUUAGUGUAUCCUUUUUGGAGACCAAGGUUAUACCUUAGAAAGUGUUUCCUUCUGCUUCUUUGGGUCUAGGACUUUGCACAUGACAAGUCAUUUGGAGUUCUUCCCCCCUCCUCUUGAGCUCUCAAACUUCUGACUGCAAGGUUUGACUUAAACCUCAGAAUCUAAAAAAUACCAGCCAGGCUAUUUUGUCUUCCAACAGCUGGCUCAUUCAAGAACCAGUUAUAAAUCGAAAUACAAAAAAACUGCACAAACUUCUAGUAAUUCUGAUUGUAUGUGAAACUCCUGUAUGAUUGUACUCCCUAUUGGCUUAGCCCCAUGGAGGGUUUUGAAAAAUAUAAAAUACAUAUAGCUUUUUGAGGAAGCUAUCAGAUUACCACCCCCCCCAAAAGGUAUUUUAAAUGUGGAAUAGUAUUACAUUCCCUUAUCCCUUCAUCAAUCCUUCAUAACAUAGUAAAGCUGCUCAAUUAUUUAUUUAAUCUGGCUCAUUCAAUAUCAACUGAGAAACCUAAUUAUAUACACUUUGUUGUCAGGCUACUUUUAAAAAAAUAUCUCUUGAUAGCUAACAUUUUAGAGGAAAAAAUGGUAUUAUUUGGUGCAUUCUAUGAGAAAAUAUACACAGUACCCAAAUCCCAACAUGUAUUUCUUAUACAUGUGUUUCCAUCACACUCUGUUCAAGUUUCUCCUUUUAUUCAUAAGGAGGAGAAAGAAGAGCACUUGUAAAGCUAAGCAAAAAGGCACUAAAAGUAACCUAGGCAAGAAAUGCCAGGUUAAACUGGGGGAAGGCUGGUGUUCUUAGUGUGUCCCCUCAAUCAAGCCUCCUCUUUAGCCGUGAAGCUGUAAAUGUAGAGGAUCCACCAGAGUCCUAGAAAAGUGAGAAAGGUUAUCUUGGGCAUCAUCCCACAUUUCUGAACGUCUCUCCCACCUCUUUUCCCCUGUUCCCUAAUGUACCCCGUAUCCUCCUAUUUACCCUCUGCCCAAGAUAUUUAAUUCUCUCUUCAACCAAAACCUUGAUUCUUUGAGUAUGUAGUAGCAUUCCUAAAAAUGAGAUCAUCAGAGCAACUCUGUUUAAUAUAAAACAGUAAUGAAACAACUAAAUGAAGAAGAUAACAUAAUUUUUUUUAAGUUAAAUUUUAGGUAACAUAUAGUGCAAUAUUGGUGUUAGGAAAUCAGUGAUUCGCCACUUAUAAACAACACCCAGUGUUCAUCACAGCAAGUGCCCCCCUUAAUACCAAUCACCCAUCUAGCCUAUCCCCCACCCGCCUCCCCUCAGUUUGUUCUCUGUUAAGAGUCUUGUGGUUUGUUUCCCUCUCUUCUCUUCCCUGCACCAUCCCCCUGCCCACUUCCCAUAUGUUCAUCUGUUUUGUUUAAUUCCACAUAUGAAUGAAAUCCUAUGUUAUUUAUCUUUCUUUGAUUGACUUAUUUCAUUUAGCAUAAUACAUUCUAGCUCCAUCCAAGGAAGAUAACUUUAAAGUGUAGUUUUGGCACACCUGGGUGGCUCAGUUGGUUAAGCAUCCAACCUCAGCCCAGGUCAUGAUCUCGCAGUCCGUGAGUUCGAGCCCCACGUCGGGCUCUGGGCUGAUGGCUCAGAGCCUGGAGCCUGCUUCCGAUUCUGUGUCUCCCUCUCUCUCUGCCCCUCCCCUGCUCACACUCUGUGUCUCUCUCUCAAAAAUAAAUAAACAUUAGAAAAAUACACACAGUAUAGUUUUGUUAGCCAGGUGUUGGCAGGAAAUAGGGAAAGCCUGCUAUUUAGAAAUUUAGUUAAAAUGUAAAUGUUACUACAACAUAUGUUGAUAUGUCUUGGGAAUAUGCAUCCAUUUGCACUCCCAUUUUUGAAGUCUGAGAUCUACCAUAGUCAAAUGUAGUCAUUGAGAUUUUCAGAGAGAUAAAUCCUAUUUCUCCUGUUAGGCCUCACAAAAUACCUAUCCUGUGUCUUUUAAGACAAAAUAUUUGUUGAAAUACACAGAAUGUGAGGACUGGAUUCUUAUCAUCUACAACUCAAACACAGCCCUCCCAAUGCCCUCAUUAUAACUCAGAUCGUAGACCUACUUUUUACCCCAUCCUGCAAGGCCAUAUUUGCAACUACCUGCUGGACAUCUACACAUGAGUCCUUUUUAGGCAUUUUAAACUUUACAAGACUUCAUUUUCUUUUCAUUCAGAUCUGUUUAUCUUCUUCUGUAAUGGAAAAACACCACUCUAGGCUCUAGAAUCUGCUUCUAAGUCUCAACAAGACCCUCUGCUAUUGCUCUUGGAUCCUUUCCAUCUUCAUCACUUUUAUUGCACAGACCCUGGCUCAAGUCCUUGUUACCUCUUCCCAAUGAUUAGAAUAACUCUUCCUCUAAAUCCAGUGCCAUCUUUGCAUGGUCCCAUUUUCAACUCUGCCAGAGCCAUCUUCUAAGCGGAGCUCUAACCUAGUUUCAUCCGUGCUCUUUGCAACUUCCGAUGGCUUUCCAGUGGCUUGGCAUAGAAUAUUUUUCCUCAGGUAUCACACACUCCAGCUAAACCCACCCCAACCCUUCUUUGUUUAUAAGGUUUACUUCUCAUUCUCUUCCCAACCCACUUCUGCCUAUUUAUCCAAGACUUUUCUUUUUGCAACAGUUGGUCCUAGUCCUUCUCUCCCAUAUCCCCCCCCCCCCGCCACUACUCCUCCAGACCACAUCUAGUCUCUCCUUUUCCUAUGCCUCUAUAGCCUUUUAACUAGGAAACACACUUUUUUAUGGUGCCUAUCACAUUCUAUUCUUGAGAUUUUGAGACUCCUCAGCAUCUGGCAGAGUACCUUGCGUGCUCUGGACACUCAGCAUUUGUUUGGUGAAUUAAAUUACUCCAAAUGGAUCCCUUCUGGUUUUUAUUUUUUUAAGUGCUUUCAAAAUACAAAUGUUCUGGGGCCUAUGCCACAUUUAAUAUUCUGUAAAGGAAAAUCAUCUAUGACUUUCCCUUUUAUAAGAAAGAUAAUUUCUAGUAGGAUUUUAUUUUUUUUUAAGAUAUUAUAUAAUAGAAAAUUUUCAAGAAGUCUCAAUAUCAAAUUCCCAUGGUGAGGGGAGAGAAAGGGACAAGUUUCUCUUUUAUAUGAGUCGGUCAUAGCAUGUUAAGAACCAAUCUUGAAAUACUAUAUUGUUUUUUUAAAUAAUAUGAGUUUCUAGAAACAUGUUUUACUUAAAGUGGUAAUAGUUUGUAUCUUAUCGUCCAUAUAUAGAUCCCUUAUAAAUAUUAGUAUUGUAAAUAGUGUCAAUAUGUAUUUAUACAAAAUAAAUUUACUGUAUCUA